CCAUGAGGUUGAGAUGAGGCUCUGUUAAGCCACGCCUCCAAUCCGCCGUAAAUAAUUGUAUGAUGUAUACUCUGCAGUGACUUUAUUAUAGUUUAGUUGUCACUUACAGAAGGCUUUAUCGUCAACCACAGUACAUAUUAGGUCUGAAAGAAGAUGUCUAGCGUUGAGACUACAGCUGAACGUAUCUGCUACAUCACGCGUGUUCAGAGUUUUUGUGCUUGCCAUCGAUUACACAGCAAAUCAUUAAGUGACGAAGAAAACAAAAGAACAUUUGGAAAAUGCAACAACCCCAAUGGCCAUGGACAUAACUAUACAGUUGAAGUGACUGUUAAGGGAAAGAUCGACAAAAACACUGGAAUGGUAAUGAACCUUACUGAUCUAAAGAAAAUUAUUGAGGAGACCAUCAUGAAACCGCUUGACCAUAAAAAUCUGGACCUUGAUGUUCCAUAUUUUGCUAAUGUUGUCAGCACCACAGAAAACCUGGCUGUCUAUAUUUGGGACUGCAUGGCAAAGCAUCUCCCUCCAAACACGCUGUAUGAAAUCAAAAUGCAUGAAACAGACAAAAACAAAGUCAUAUACAGAGGGGAAUAGAGUGACACUAUCGCUUGUCUGCAGGCUGUAGAUAAACUAGAUAGCAGUAAAUCUCAGUAUCUUUUAAAAGGUUUAUUCACAGAGUGUGACACCUGCUAUGGUCUGUUUACCACAUGGCUGACAAUGGGAGAUUAAUGUAAAUCACUGAGAAUUUGGCUCAGCUUUUGUCCAUGUGGAAUUUAUCCUAUCAAACACAUAGAUUACGCAUGGACGUCUUUAUCCAAAUUGAUUAAAAGCUCUUUGUCUUCA